GGAGUUCAUAAUCGACAACCUAUCCGUGGAGAGGAAUCACGUGCUGGUUCGUGUCAGUGUGGUGGGAGGUCCGUCUGAGAGGAGGCUUCCUCCUCGAGCUCUGCAAGAGGGAGAAGAUCCUUACCCCUGGCCCAUGUUUUCUAGCUACCCUCUGCCCCCCUGCUACUCUCCGGACCCACCAAAGAUCCACCAUAACUCACUGGACUCUGAGAUCAGUACAUUCCUGGCAUCUUCUAAAGACUCAAAAAAUGAGGACAGCUGGAUGGAGGUCUGUCGGAAACAGUACUGCAAAGUCAUGACCUCCAAACCCGACAUCUUAACUGGAAAGGUGCUGGCUGACCUUCUGGAGAAGAUUGUGGCCCAUCUUUCUAACUCUGCCACAGACUGCUUCUUCUCUCCGGCUCAGUACAAAGCAGAGGAGAAGUGCGUGAAGAGUGCAGUGUUAUCAUCCGUGGAGCAGCUGGGAAUCGACACCUGUCUCAGGUACGGCAGCUACCUCAAGCUUCUGACAGAAGAUGCCGGUAACGAGCUGACGCUGCUGAUGAAGCACAUUAAGAUCUUCCUCUCUACACAGAGAGUUAAAACGGCUUCAGAACUCAUCACUCAGCAGGACGGUUACCCAGGCCAUGACUGGCUGACCUCCACAGUGUUCCUCAUCAUGGCCGGAGACAUGGAGCGCUCUCUGAGUUUGCUACUCAACCUGUCCUCUCUGCUUACUUCUGCAUUCAUCUGGCCAGCGAGGAUACAUGCCUCUGUCCAUGUUCCUGUGGAAGUGGCUGAAUCAGGAAUCCCUCCAGUUUACUGGUGUACAGCUCACUACGUGGAGAUGCUGCUGAAAGCUGAAGUUCCUCUGGUCCACUCCGCCUUCAGGAUGUCUGGUUUUACCCCGUCACAGAUGUGCCUCCACUGGUUGACUCAGUGUUUCUGGAACUAUCUGGACUGGACAGAGAUCUGCCACUACGUCUCCACCUGCGUGGUGAUGGGUCCCGACUACCAGGUGUACAUGUGCGUGGCCAUAUUUAAACACCUGCAGCCAGACAUCCUGCAGCGCACACAGUCCCAGGAGCUGCAGGUCUUCCUCAAGGUGAGAUGGAGCAUCAGUACCACAGUGCAGAAUAUUUUAUAGACAGAACAUCCGGUUUUACUACAUUU